AUGACGCACACGUCCGUGGCGCCGCAGCCAGUCGACAACCAAGGCGCCAAGGCCUGCGCGCAGAGCCCGGAGGAUGGUAACCAAGUCAUGGGGGCCACGUACGUUGAGCCCUCGCCGAGCGCCGAAAGCUGCUUCCCGCUGGACGUGGUCAGCAUCGUCACGCAGUGGUAUAGCCUCACGCAUGCGGCGCCCGUGUGGAAGAACCUCUGCCUUCUGGCUUGGCCGAGCUUGGCCCAUCCGCUGCCGCAGCUGCCUGGAGCGCCGGAAUACGACGUCAUCCGACUCUACCGCGGAAGCUGGCGACAGUGCUUCCUCGAGCGCCAUGCGAAGAAUCAACACGGGAGCAUUCGAGUGGCCAUCCCCGAUUUCGCCCACUGCGGUGCUGAUCGCAUCGUCACCGACACCUUUAUGAUCAACGACCACCGGUUUUGUCUCUGGAUCUUCCCGCGUGGGAACCCGCACGAGCCCGAGUACGCGAGCCGGUCCAUCUCCGUCUACCUCGUGGUCACGGAGCUCGAGAAGCGACCGCCAUCAUGGCUCACGUGUGCAGUCUUUAGCCUCUGCAUCGAACACGCGACCGACCCGUCCAAACACAUCUUCUGGCACGCGUCGCUGCACGACAACCGGUUCGACACGACGCUCUUCAACUGGGGCGUGCACGCGCUCGGCGACCUGGAGACGCUCAAGAGUCCUUCUGGCGGCUACCUGUCGUCGAGUGGCGUCCUCUGUGUGGCGGCACGCGUGCGGCUCAUGAGCAUGACGCUGCGAUUGUACCGCGAGCCCGACCUUGCUGUGUACCGCGGCCGAGGCCUCUUGCCAAAGGCAGCAUCGACCGUGGUGGAAGUGCCGUUUUGUACCUCAUUGGAGGAGCUCCAUGCGCUGGUGCGGCAGAAGUGGCCCGACCUGCCACUCGGCUGCACCCUCUGGAGCUACAGCCAAAGCGUGCUCACAGGCCAAACAAUGCGCCCACGCAAGUGUCUCCAGCCGUCGCCAGUGUCGCCGUCGCGCCAUAGCCCGCUGUUUGGGCAUCAGCUCAUUGACGGCGUCGACAUUGAUGCAUACUCGAGCUGCCAGCUGCUUGUCGACCCGCAAGGGCUCUCGGGCGACGUGCUCUUUGUCAAGGUAUUCCAUGCAGAGCGGAACGAGCUCGAGUACGUUGGCCGCGUGCUUCUGGCCAACUGCCCGACGCCCGCCGCGUUCCGAGGCCACUUGGCAUCGACGAGCGGCGUGUAUCAUGCGUUUACCGAGGAGAUUGCGCCACUUCUGGUCUCGGAACCGCUCGCUGCCGACCGCCUUUUUUCCGCGUCCGACAUCGUCAUCCUCGUGCCCGAGGUGCGAACGACAAGCAUCGCGCUCUCACGAUUACGGCAGUAUCUACAACGCGACCUCGAUCAAGUGUACGCCGAAGCGCAGGCGAUGGCUAUCAACCCGCUGUACAUGCCGACGCUGCACGACUUGGAGACGCUGGGCGAAGCGCUCGACAUCCCUCGCUUCCGCAUCCAUAGUGCGCAUGUCAAAUGCCUCGAAGACGCCAAGCAGACGCUGCGGUACAUCAUGGAGGGCCGGCACCUUGGCUUCAUCUGUGACGCGUGCGGCGUCACGGACUUUAGCGGACCGCGCUACAACUGCCGCGUGUGCAGCGAUUAUGACCUCUGCGCAGCAUGCGCAGAAGCCUUGCCACCUCGUGGCGCAGGCGACGAAUCUCGGCCGUGA